GACAGUUGAAUGACAUCACUUUUUAAUCAUUAUAAAACAGCGUAUCAGAAUUUAUUAUAUUGGAUUAUGCAGGUAAAACGUUUGAUUUGGUUGUGUUUGCUUGAUAUUGCAAUAUUGCUAAAGUCAUGUGCGGCUUUGUUUAACACCACCAAUUCUAAAUCCACAAGCAAUACCACAGGAUGGUUCGUGGACUACGGUUCGAUUGACACCAAGUUCUCAUUGCGCACAGCCGAGGAGCCGGAAGAAGAUGUGUGUUACAUUCGGCCCGGGAGGCAGGAGUCAAUCACCGAGUGUGGUUUCAACAUUACAGCGCAAACAUUCGCUAUCGUCCAUGGCUGGACGGUGGCGGGAAUAUUUGAGGGCUGGGUGUCGCAGCUGGUCUCUGCCCUGCUCGAGAGAGAGCCCAGUGCGAACGUCAUCGUGGUGGACUGGCUGAAACGCGCUCAGCACCACUACCCUAACGCCGCUCAGCACACCCAGCUGGCAGGGGAAGAUUUGGCCGCGCUGAUCAACUGGUUAGAGCUUGAUGUGAAGUAUGAUCUCUCCAAACUCCAUCUGCUGGGCUUCAGUCUUGGGGCACAUGUGGCUGGGGUCGCAGGAAACCUCGCCUACAGCAAAGUUAACAGGAUAACAGGCAUGGACCCUGCGGGCCCCCACUUCGAGUAUGCAGACGAGCUGUGCCGCCUGUCCCCCGAUGACGCCAGCUUCGUGGACGUCGUCCACACCAACACCAAGGGGAGCCCCGACCUCAGCAUCGGCAUCCAAAGGCCGGUGGGCCACGUGGACUUCUACCCCAACGGGGGCAUGGACCAGCCCGGCUGCACUCUGCGGCACACCCUGCAGAUGAUGGCCGCCUUCGGCCUCCAGAAGGUGGGCCUGAUCAUGGGCUGUGCUCACGAGCGCUCGGUGCACCUGUUCAUCGACUCGCUGGUGAACCGGGAGCGGCAGAGCGUGGCGUACCGCUGCAGCUCCAAGGACGCCUUCGACCGGGGUCAGUGUCUGAGCUGCCGCAAGAACCGCUGCAACACUCUGGGCUACGGCGCCCACCUGCAGCGCACCACCAGGGCCGCCAAGAUGUACCUGAAGACCACGGACCGGACACCCUUCAAAGUGUUUCACUACCAGAUCAAGGUCCAUCUGUGCAGCUGGAAGAGCUUGACCUUCAGCCAGCAGCCUCUGCUGGUGUCCCUCCAUGGAACGCUGGGGGACAAGGAGAACAUCUUCAUCAUUCUGGAAGAGUUGAGCGCCAACCAAACGGCAUCCUUUCUAGUCACCUCGGACGUGGAGGUGGGCGAGCUGCUCAGGGUGAACCUGCAGUGGGAGAGCGACUCAGUGUUCUCCUUCUUCAACACCAACCAGUUCACCGUCCACAGGAUGCGCGUUAAAGCCGGGGAGACCCAGGCCAAGAUCAAAUUCACAGCAAGAGGCGCAGACCUUGCCCAGCUGGUUCAGGGAGGCGAAGCUGCUGUGUUUGUUCGUACAAAAGAGAACCAGACCAAUAGGCGUCAUAAAAGGUUGCACCUGCCGAAAGGUCAGCUACCUUGAAUAAGGCAUGAAUGAGACCACUCUCAGUGAAACCUCACCAUCAUCCCCACCCACCAUCCUCUCCCUGAACCACUGACAUCAGCACCAGCAUCAGCACCACGUCAUCCCCAUGGCAGCCAUCGUCAUUUUGGAAACUGUCAUCGCCAUCACCAUGGCGAUCAACAUUAUCACCCAGCCAUAAUAAUCCUUAUGAUGAGAGACUUGGAUGAAUUGACAGAGCACAUCUUCAUACAUUACUAUUAUGAAAAUUUUAUUUUUGCACAUGAACGCUAAACACCGAUUACAUAUAUUUAUUUACAAAUUACUUUAAGCUAUAUUUGAGGAGUUGAGGUGGCCCUUGUUUAGGAUUUAUAAACAUUAAGCAAGAUCUGAAUAAAGAUGACCUGACCCAGG